GUGAGUUUGCCCGCCAGCUUGAGGAGAAGGAAGCUCUUGUUUCCCAGCUGACCAGGGGCAAGCAGGCCUUCACUCAGCAGAUUGAAGAGCUUAAGAGGCACGUUGAGGAGGAAGUGAAGGCCAAGAACGCCCUGGCCCAUGCUGUUCAGUCAGCGCGCCAUGACUGUGAUCUGCUCAGGGAGCAGUUUGAGGAGGAGCAGGAGGCCAAGUGUGAGCUGCAGCGAGGAAUGUCCAAGGCCAACAGCGAGGUGGCUCAGUGGAGAAGCAAAUAUGAGACUGAUGCUAUUCAGCGCACUGAGGAGCUGGAGGAGGCCAAGAAAAAACUUGCCCAGCGCCUGCAGGAGGCUGAGGAAUCCAUUGAGGCUGUGAAUUCAAAAUGUGCCUCUCUGGAGAAGACCAAGCAGAGGCUGCAGGGUGAGGUGGAGGACCUCAUGAUUGAUGUGGAGAGAGCUAAUGCUCUGGCUGCCAACCUCGACAAGAAGCAGAGGAACUUCGAUAAG